UACCAAGUCUAAUGCCAAGACCGAGCAACAACAUAUAUUCGAAAGUCAUCUGUCCUAAAGAACAUUAAAAAAACUAAAGUCAUGUUCAAAUGAUGGCAUCUCACUGAUCAAGGCGCAAAGCAUGCUGGGAUAACUUCGGUUUCACAAAAGCUAAACAUCGCCAGGGCAUAAUUUCCAUCCGUAUAGAUAUGGAAAUGUUUCUAAAUGAUGUCGAUAGAAAUCUUGUGACCCUCGAUUCGCGUGUCCCUGCCCUCAAUUUGACAUAUAUAAGUUAACAUAGCGGUGAUUACUACUACGAGGCCGACGCACUUUGAGGAAAUUACAGAAGCUGCUGCAAGCAAAGGCAAAUAAAAAUGUCACAGCAUUUGGUUUUACUGCUGCUAUUCUUAUUCGGUACAUGCUGCAUUGGAGGCUCAUCAUCCUCAUCCUAUUAUCACCGAGCUUUCCCUAUUAUAGAGCCAGAUGCUGGGCAUACAAAGUUAAUCCUUUCAAAUGAAGGAUUGGAUGUGAUUUCCAGAAUAACAAAUCCUAUUGCAGUAGUUGCGGCAAUUGGUCCUUAUCGUUCUGGCAAAUCAUUUCUUCUCAAUCAGCUUCUAUCUCUUUCUUGUGAUGAAGGUUUUGGUGUUGGGCAUAUGCGUGACACAAAAACAAAAGGAAUUUGGGUUUGGGGUACACCAAUAGACAUGGAUAUUGGCGGAGUGAGGACAUCUGUCCUGUUUCUUGAUACUGAGGGUUUUGAAAGUGUUGGAAAAUCCAAUGUUUAUGAUGACAGGAUUUUUGCUCUGGCAACUGUUCUGAGCUCAAUUCUCAUAUACAAUUUGCCUGAAACGGUUCGUGAAGCUGAUAUAUCUCGGCUAUCUUUUGCUGUUGAACUUGCCCAAGAGUUUUAUGGGAGGUCAGUGAAGUUCCUUUUAGUCCUCCUGUUAGCUUAGAUAUUUCUAAUGAAGUGAUUAUAUUUAUAUUUUGGUAUGGAUUGUCAUAUUAAUGUAUUUGUUGAUGUUGCCAUUUCGUCCUUGUUUCACCAUUUUCUACUGAGGACCAUCUAUAGAGUGAAGGGGAGAGACAUUGCUUUCCAACCUGCUAAGCUUUUGUGGCUCAUACAACGCGAUUUCCUUGAAGGAAAAUCUGUACAACAAAUGGUGAAUGAAGCUCUUCAACAGGUUCCUAAUCUCAGUGGGAACAAAAACAUUGAGCAGGUUAAUCAGAUUCGAGAGUCUUUGGCAAUUAUGGGUGGAAGCAACACAGCUUUUAGUUUACCACAACCUCAUCUAUUGCGCACCAAACUUUGCAAUAUGAGUGAUUCUGAACUGGAUAAAAACUAUGUAAAACGACGUGAGGAGUUGAAGGGACUAGUCACCUCCAUGAUUCAGCCAAAGAUGGUUCAAGGGAAACAUCUAAAUGGGAAAGAUUUUGCAUCAUUUUUGACACAGAUUCUUGAAGCUCUGAACAAAGGUGAUAUUCCAUCUACAGUUUCACUUGUAGAGGUUUUCAAUAAAGGAAUAGUGGACCACUGCUUGAGGUUGUACAAUGAGAAAAUGUCAGGUGUCACCUUACCACUUUCAGAGGAUCUAUUGAGACAGAUGCAUACAGAAUUAAAGAUGAAAGUAAUGGAUGCAUUUGAAGAGCAGCGCUUUGGCCGGUAUCAUGUCAAAACAUCAGUUGACAUGCUUGAUUUUGAUAUUCAGAAGGCUUAUGAAAGUUUGCUCUUGACAAACGAAUAUAAAUCUGCAAAGUUGUGUGAGGCCCUGUACACAAAGUGUGAGGACAGAAUGGAUGAGCUCCAAGACUUGAGACUUCCAUCAAUGGCAAAGUUCAAUGCAGGCUUUGUCCAAUGUAAUAGGAGUUUUGAGGCAGGUUGUCAGGGACCAUCAAAGGCUAUUUAUGAGAAGCGUAUUCAGAAGAUGCUUGGAAAAGCUCGCUUACAGUUUAUCAAAGACUAUAACAAUAGACUUUUCAACUGGCUUGUGGGAUUCUCCCUUGCACUGGUUGUGCUGGGCCGCUUCGUCUUAAAAUUUUUUCUUGUGGAGGUGGUUGCUUGGGCUUUGUUUAUCUUCUUAGAGACAUAUACUCGUAUAUUUUGGUCACCAGAAUCACUGUAUUACAAUCCCAUAUGGCAUUGUAUAGUUACUGUUUGGGAGACGGUAGUAUACAGUCCUGUACUUGAUUUGGACAGAUGGGCGAUUCCUUUAGCUUGGUUAUCCUUGAUAUUGCUGCUCUUGUGGCGUUUUUACGGCAAGAAAAAGCUCUCUGGAGGUCCAUUGCUUCCUGUGUAUGCAUUCCAAAGAGGGAAUUCCAAUCCUCGUCGUCGGAGCGAAUAAUUAUCUACUACAUUCACAUUCUACAAACAAGAAUUUUAUUUAUUUAGCGAAAAAAGGCAUUUUUGACAGGUAUAUUUGGCAGCCCAGAGUCUUGAAAGGGUCUCGAUGUACUUAACAGUAAUGAUGUCAAUCAGAAAUCCUGCAUACCUUUUCAGACCAAAUUGCUUCCAGUGUUUUAAUACCCAGCAAGCAUUGUAUCAUGCUGCAUUAUUUUUUUUAUCAACCCCGGCAAGGGAGUACUAGGUGAUGUAAUCUAAAUUCUUUCUUAAAUGGAAUAGAAGAUGGGGAUUGAAUGUGGAUGCCAAAUUUUAUAUUUUGGCAAAUUCCCAUAAUAGUAGAAGUAUUCGAGGUAAUUUUUUUUCCUCCUGUAAAAUUAUCGCUAGAUCAGCGCCCGGAAUUGUCAGAAUUAUAUGGAUGGUUAUAAUCUUCUUUGCUGAGCACACUUAUAAAUAUUGAAGUGCAUCUACAAAACCCCUGUAAUUUUAACUCAUUCCCAAAGUGAGACCUAAAAAGAUCCUUUCCACAUGAUGGAGGUCUUGGUCUCACAAAAUGGGCAAAUUCUAUCCAAAACUGUAACUGAUUUGAAGUUUA